AUGAACUCGCGGGCGAACGUACGGGGGAAGUCGGACGGGUCGACGGAAGGGGAGAGCGUUGAGCUCCAUGAAUCCGACGGUACGCAGAAAGACGAUACGUCUGUUCGACUAGACAGCCCGGAGGAGGGCGGAGGGCAGGGCGCUUCGUCUGGCUCUGCCCCACCGUCCUCUUCGAGCGGUCAGAACUCGGACGGCUCUGACCCGCCAGAGUCACCACCACCGGAUCCCCCAUCCUCCUCCAAAUCAUCUACUACGAUAUCUAGACAAUCCGUCCCCGAAGUCUAUCCCCAGGUCCUGGCCCUCCCCAUUGCACGACGUCCUCUCUUCCCCGGUUUCUACAAGGCAGUGGUAGUGCGCAACCCGCAGGUGGUGGCUGCUAUCAAGGAAAUGAUGCGGCGCGGACAACCAUAUUUGGGUGCUUUCCUCCUCAAGGACGAGAAUGUAGACAGCGACAUCAUCACGGACAUUAACCAGGUUCACCAGGUCGGCGUGUUCGCCCAGAUCACGAGCGUCUUUGCAGCCACGGGCACGGAGGAUAAAGAGGAAGGUUUGACGGCUGUAUUGUAUCCUCAUCGGAGAAUUCGGAUCAAGGAGCUCGUGAAACCGGGUAAGCCUGCGUCUGCGACCGCACCUGCAUCUUCUGCCUCGGUAGAGAAUGCAGAGAGCUCGGAGGAACAGCUGCCUACCCCCCCGCCUUCGCCGGCACCCACGACUCCGGAAGACAUCGCCAAGAUGCACCCUGCCCCGCUCCAGACGUCGUUCCUGCAGAACUAUGAGAUCUCGAUAGUGAAUAUCGAGAACCUCGUCACGCAGCCGUACAAUAAGGACGACCAGUACAUUCGGGCGUUCAUGUCGGAGAUUGUCUCUGUGUUCAAGGACAUUGCCCAACUCAACCCGCUGUUCCGCGACCAGAUCACGAAUUUCUCGAUCAAUCAGGUCGCGUCUAACGUCUUCGACGAGCCGGACAAGCUCGCAGACUUCGCUGCGGCGGUCUCAACCGGCGAAGUUCAGGAGUUGCAGGACGUGCUCGAAGCCCUAGUCGUUGAAGACCGGUUACGCAAGGCCCUACUGGUUCUCAAGAAGGAGUUGAUCAAUGCGCAACUGCAGAGUAAGCUCAGUAGGGACGUCGAUAGCAAGAUCGCAAAGCGACAGAGGGAGUACUACCUCAUGGAGCAGCUCAAGGGUAUUAAGAAGGAGCUUGGCAUGGAGAGCGACGGCAAGGACAAGUUGAUCGAGAAGUUCAAGGAAAGGGCCGAGAAGCUUAAGAUGCCGGAGCAUGUUAAGAAGGUCUUCGACGAGGAGCUCAACAAGUUACAAGGUCUCGAGCCGAAUGCCAGUGAAGCCAAUGUAACCAGGAAUUACCUUGAAUGGCUUACACAGAUCCCAUGGGGUCAGCACUCUCCAGAGAAUUACUCAAUCUCGCACGCGCAGAAGGUCCUUGACGAGGAUCACUACGGUCUCAAGGACGUCAAAGAGCGGAUUCUCGAGUUCCUGGCUGUCGGUAAGCUCAGAGGGACCGUCGAGGGCAAGAUCAUUUGUCUGGUCGGCCCGCCAGGUGUGGGCAAGACAUCUAUUGGCAAGUCGAUCGCGCGCGCUCUUAAUAGGCAGUUCUUCCGGUUCUCUGUUGGUGGCUUGACCGACGUCGCGGAGAUAAAGGGACAUCGGAGGACAUAUGUCGGAGCACUGCCAGGCAAGAUCAUUCAGGCUUUGAAGCGGGUCGGCACAGAGAAUCCUCUGGUCUUGAUUGAUGAAAUCGACAAAAUUGGCCGGGGUAUCAACGGUGAUCCUGGUAGUGCUUUGCUGGAGAUGCUAGACCCCGAGCAGAACACGAAUUUCUUGGAUCAUUACCUCGACGUCCCUGUGGAUUUGUCCAGAGUCCUCUUCGUGUGUACUGCCAACGUCCUGGACACCAUAUCUGCGCCCCUGCUUGACCGUAUGGAGGUCCUCGAACUGAGCGGCUACGUAACGGAGGAGAAGCUUGUCAUCGCAGACAAGUAUCUCGGCCCACAAGCUAAGGAAGCGGCUGGUCUUAAGGAUGCCGAUAUCACCGUUGACCGUGCUGCCAUCGACACCCUGAUCAAAUACUACUGCCGCGAGAGCGGUGUCCGUAACCUCAAAAAGCAUAUCGACAAAAUAUAUCGCAAGGCUGCUUUGAAGCUUGUUCAGGAUCUCGGCGAGGAAGCCUUCCCUGAAGAGGCAGCGUUACCGCAGGAUGUCAAAGAGGGCAAGACGGAGACUGUCGAGAAGCAAGAUGCACCGUCCAACGAACCGGCUGCGCCCGAGACUUCAACUCCCAAGACUGAGUCCGCCAGUGAAGCCCAUGAGCAGGGCAAUUCUGAGGGUGAACGUCAGGUUACGACCGAGGAGCGGAAGCCGCUUAAAGUGCCGGACACUGUCCAUAUCAGGAUUACCCCGGAGAAUCUGAAGGAUUAUGUUGGACCUCCCGUUUACCAUCGGGAUCGCCUGUACACGAGACCGCCUCCCCCAGGUGUCAGCACUGGUCUUGGAUACCUUGGUAAUGGCUCUGGUGCAGUCAUGCCCGUUGAAGCUACGAGUAUGCCUGGUAAAGGCACUUUGCAGCUGACCGGUAAAUUGGGCGAAGUGAUUCGGGAAAGCGCGCAGAUUGGUUUGAGCUGGGUCAAGAGCCACGCCUAUGAGCUGGGUGUCACGAAGUCUCCAGACGAGCAGUUCUUGACAGAUCGCGACAUCCACGUUCAUAUGCCUGAAGGUAGCAUUGGGAAGGAAGGUCCCAGUGCGGGGACGGCGCUGCUGACGGCUUUCGUUUCACUGCUGACGAAGACAAGGGUCGACCCUGAUAUUGCGAUGACCGGCGAGAUUUCUCUAGUGGGCCAGGUUCUUCCAGUUGGUGGAUUGAAGGAGAAGAUCCUCGCUGCCCACCGGGCUGGUAUCAAGACCAUCAUCGCCCCAGGCGCUAACCGUGCCGAUAUCGAGGAGAACGUCCCGGAGAGCGUCAAGACCGGCAUUCGUUUUGUCUACGUUGAGGAUGUUACGGAGGUCCUGCACGAAGUCUUCCGCGGACAGCCUAUCACGGAACGGUGGAAGGAUACACUAUUGCUAUAA